CACCCACUCACGCCCGCAUCGCCCACCCAGUGUUCUUCCGAAAUCCAGGGUGCGCCUUUGGGUGAUAUAAAUCUGCAACCCCAAGUUUUCCACGUGUCAAGCAUUCAAAGGUCCCCAUAUCUAUCGCUCUCGCCCUCUCUCUUUCUCCGUUGCUGACCUGACCCGCAAGCAGGCUCCCAACCACAUCCUUCUUCCCCUCUGCCCCAUCCCUCUUCAAUCCUCUCCAUCAGCUUUCUCUCUCUUGUCCACCAUGGCUCAGCUCUUCUCCUCCCUCCAGGAAAAAAUCCAAGGGAGGCAAUGGAAGGAGAGGCGUAUAAGAAGGAUAACGGACAAGACCUUCGACCGCAUCAGAGCCGACUCCGACCGAGACUACCUGACCUUCGAGGACCUAUACAUCGCGGUCCUCUAUGUUUACAAUGAUAUCAACAAGUUCUUGCCCGGGCGUCACAACGAUCCCCCGUCCAAGGAAAAACUGAAAGCUAUGAUGGAGGAGUAUGAUGUCAACCUUGAUGGGCUGCUUGACCGUGAAGAGUUUGCAAACUUUAUUCAGAAAUUGACAGCAGAUACUGUAAUAUCUGUUGGUCAAAAUCUACUAAUUGCAUUGGUUGUGGCUCCAACUGUGGCACUGCUCACAAAGAGGGCAACAGAGGGGGUGCCUGGUGUUGGCAAAGUGGUGCAGAGGAUUCCUAAUUCUGUCUAUGCUUCCAUUGUUGCUCUUGGGGUUGUGUUGGUCCAAAAAUCAAGUGAAGGUCAUGAAUAAAUAAGCUGAUAAUCAUGUAUAUUUGUAUGCUGAAACAAAAUACUCAUCUGUGUUCUGUUAAGUAGCAUAUUGGAAAACCUCGCAGUGGUUAUUUCUUCAGUAUAUGAGCAAACCAAAGCUGCUAUUUUAUUAUGAGUGCUUUCCGUUGGAGGUUUUUGCGUGCCUGGUGCUGGCAAAGUGGUGCAGAGGAUUCCUAAUGCUGUCUAUGCUUCCAUUGUUGCUCUUGGGGUUGUGUAGGUCCAAAAAUCAGGUGAAGGUCAUGAAUAAAUGAGCUGACAAUCAUGUAUAUUUGUAUGCUGAAACAAAAUACUCAUCUGUGUUCUGUUAAGUAGCAUAUUGGAAAACCUCGCAGUGGUUAUUUCUUCAGUAUAUGAGCAAAACAGAGCUGUUAUUUUAUUAU